CAGUAUGUGUAGAGAAUUUGCUCAAUUUGCAGACCUCACACGAAAAACAUCAAUUUGCAGAGAAUAGUCUAGCAAGCUCGAUCAACACGCAUAAAGUAAGGGAGGACAGAUUCGUCAACCCCAUUGCUUUCAUAGUCUAGCAAGUCUUUGAUGAUCAUGCCCCACUUUCGACUCAAGAAUUACAAUCAGUGGAAUCAGAGAAACCCAACCAUACACAGAUUUUUAGCAUGAAGAACCUAACCAACAAAUACCUUUGUACAGUAAAUUCCAUGAAACCAGUUCUUGGUCCUCUCUACCUUUCCUUGUUUCUGCACAUCGUCGCCCAAUUCGUGGCUGGUAAUUCUCAACAUAUCUACACUCCGGUUGAAGAUAUCACCAUUGCCUGUGGCAAUUCCGGCACCCAAAUCAAUAAGUUUGAUAACCGAACUUGGAGCGGAGAUAUCAACUCAGAAUUUUGCCCCUUUGAACAAGACCAAGUUGGUAACAAUACAUCCCAAGUCAGAAAAGCACCAUCAUCGUCCUUCACAGGCAGAGUGCCGUACACCACCGCGAGGGUUUCUCACUCAACAUUCACCUACAGAUUUUCGUUAACUACGGGCCAGAAGUUCAUACGCUUGUAUUUCUACCAUGCAUCAUAUGCUGACUUUGACCGCUCCAAAGCCCUGUUUUCCGUUGAAGCAGGUGAUUAUACCCUUCUCCAAGAUUUCAAUGCUUCAGCCACUGUGGAUGCUGCUGGGGUGGAGACGAUAUACAGAGAGUUCUGUUUGAACAUUUAUGAUGGAGAUCAGAUUCUGAGCAUUACAUUCACUCCAAGCAAAGCCAAGCAGGCAUAUGCCUUUAUCAAUGGAAUCGAAAUUGUGUCCAUGCCGACCUAUCUUUACUACACUGCAGCUCAGAGCAAUGCGGCUCAUUAUAUAGGCGGGGGAGACAGAUUUCCUAUUCAGGAGAACACUGCUAUGGAGAUGGUUUACCGAAUCAACAUCGGUGGCAGCUCAGUCUCAUCCAGUCAAGACACUGGAAUGUACCGCAAUUGGAAUGGUGAUGAUGUGACCUACUUGGAUGAAUUAAGUAGAAGUCUAACCGUUUCACCGUCCAACCCAAGCAUUCAACUCAAGUUUGCCAAAAUACCUGAAUACAGUGCGCCAAAAGAAGUUUAUCAAACAGGCCGGUCAAUUGACUCCAACAAGACAAACAACAAGAGCUACAAUCUCACCUGGGAAUUUCCUGUAGAUUCUAACCGUCCCCACCUGGUUAGGCUACAUUUCUGUGAGCUUGAGCCCGAAAUUACCAAGAUAGGAGAGCGGACUUUUCUAAUUUACAUAGGGAAUCAAGCCGCGGAUACAGCAGACAUAGUCGAAUGGAGUGGUGGAAAUGGGAUACCAGUAUACAGAGACUACGUGGUGGUCUUGUCUAACCCAGUAAGGCAGAAGAAUGUAAGUCUUUCUAUCACACUGCAAGCAUUCCAAAUGGAUUGGAUGAUUAAAUACAAGAAUGCAAUGUUGAAUGGGCUCGAAAUCCUGAAAUUGAUCGACUCAAAAGGCCCUCAAGCCGGAAGCAGCACCAACCCGAAGCUGACACCGCUAAGCCCAAGAACUUCAAAGAGUUCAAGUUCUGCGCUUGCCAUCGUUGCUGGUGUAGUUUCUAGCACAGUAGUAUUUUCUGCCCUUGGAUUCUUGAUUUUCAGGCAAAGAUGGAAAGUCAAGGACUCCGGCUCCAGCCACAGGACAAUGAAGUUAACAAUGACCCCCAGCUCAUCUUCACCGUCAUAUUUGUGUCGCUACUUUUCACUGGCAGAGAUCAAAGCCGCCACCAAGAACUUCAACCAUACUUUCAUUAUUGGUGUUGGAGGAUUCGGCAAUGUGUACAAAGGAUGCAUCGAUAGUGGAGCCACUCUCGUUGCAAUUAAACGACUGAAACCUGAGUCAUCCCAGGGUGCCCAUGAGUUCAAGACAGAAAUUGAGUUGCUCUCCCAACUUCGUCAUCGCCAUUUGGUUUCACUUAUUGGAUACUGUACUGAUAAAGGUGAGAUGAUCUUGGUAUAUGAUUACAUGGCCCGUGGAUCCCUCCGUGAUCAUCUCUACCACACCAAUAACUCCACUCUUUCUUGGGAACAACGGCUUCAGAUUUGUAUUGGCACGGCUCAAGGGCUGCAGUACCUUCAUGGAGGUGCCAAGGGAACCAUCAUUCACCGUGACGUGAAGAGCACAAACAUCUUAUUGGAUGAGAAAUGGGUGGCCAAGGUUUCAGAUUUUGGGUUGUCAAAAAUGGGGAACCCCAACAUGUCCAAGACCCACAUAAGCACGGUAGUGAAGGGCAGUUUCGGAUAUCUAGACCCAGAAUACUACCGACGACAAAGAUUAACUGAGAAGUCCGAUGUGUACUCAUUUGGUGUGGUUUUGUUUGAGGUACUAUGUGCAAAGCCAGCUGUGAUAAAUACAGAGGAGAUGAGGCAAAUGAACUUAUCUGAGUGGGCCAAAAGCUGUCAUCACAAGGGGGAACUUGAUCGAAUCAUCGACCCAAGCUUAACGGGUAACAUUGCAACCGAGAGCUUGAAUAAAUUUGUUGAUAUUGCAAUGAGCUGUGUGCAUGAAAAUGGUGUUGAGAGGCCGUCAAUGGAUGAUGUUCUUAGGGGGCUUGAGCUUGCGUUGCAGAUUCAUCAUAGCCAAGAGAGUGAUAUCAACUCCAUUGAAAGGAAGGUAGAAACUGAAACAAGUAGUGGAGAACCAAGUUGUGCGACCAAAGAUUCCAUUACAUGUAUAUCUGGGACAAUCUUCUCUGAGAUCAACCAUCCAAGUGGGAGAUGAUGAGCAUCUUUUUGAACA